AAGCCAAAACGGGUGCUUGCUAACUUGAGCCGGCAGACGCGUCGGCUGAGCGGUGGCCCUUUGGCACGCCUCCCUCCGUGGGCGACGGACGGCGGAGGCGAGGCAGGUGUCGAGAAAUUUAGAAUCCGUGGGCAGGGGGUGCGCAGGAUAAGACCCUAGUCAGCAUACGGCUCACGUUAUCUGGAACCCCUUCUUUAAUGCGUGCGUCUGUAUUGAAUUUGAGGGAGCGAGCUCGCUGGCUCUCCGCUUUUUCGUAAAAAAAAGAAACACACGAAAAACACACAGUGGGAGAGAGAGAGAGAGAGAAGAGACGAGAGAGUUGUUGGUGGUUUUCAUGUUGUUUCGUGGGAUUUCUCAUUAUCAAGUCUCGAACAGAUCAUCACUGCCAUCACCCACAGCCCUCCAUUGUCCGAAUCGAACAAAACCCACGUCAGUUCUUCCCUAAUAAUCCAAACCCAUCUGCAAAUCACCCCCCCCCCCCCCAUUGAACUCGCCCUCCCUACUCUCCUCCCUUUCUCUCUUCUUUAUUUUCUCGCGCGCCAAACAGAUCGACCGAGGCAGGAACAGGUCUUCUGCUUCGCCCGUUACGCAAUUUUCUUUCGUGAUUUCCCGCAGUUUCUCCUCGCGCGCGUUCAAUGGAGGGAAAAAUCGCGACAUGCAUCAUGUGGACGUUCGUGUGUGAAUAAAGCUGAUUAAUUGGCGUGAGGUUAAUUUUGGGGGAGUAUUGGGCUGAAGAUGACGAGCGGGCAGGUGGUGAGAGUUAGGAGGGAGAAGCUCGCGGCAUGCAUGACAUGUUCUCUCUGCCAUAAGCUCUUGAACGACGCCACCACCAUAUCCGAAUGCCUCCACACCUUUUGCAGGAAGUGCAUAUAUGAGAAGAUAACAAAUGAUGAGGUGGAUUCCUGUCCAGUUUGCAACAUAGAUCUAGGUUGCACUCCACUGGAGAAACUCAGGGCGGAUCACAAUCUGCAAGAUUUAAGAGCCAAAAUUUUCCCUUCGUCAAGAAGAAAUGCAACACCACAUGAAGUUGUUCUCCCAAUUCCAUUGCCAGCUAGGAGGAAGGAGAGAUCUCUCUCUUCAUUGGUGGUUAGCACACCUAGAGUAUCAUCACAGACUGGCCUGACUGGGAGAAGAACAAAGUCUGCUGGAAGGAAAGCUCUCAGUUCACGAGAUUCUACUUUUUCAACUGAAGAGCCCAUCAAGAAAGUGGAAGAUUAUCCAGACAGCUCAAGCUCACCUGAGACUCUAAGUAAAAUUGUACAAAUUAAAAGGCAGAAUCACACUUCUACUGCUGAGACAUCUAAGCAACACAUGUCUAAUAAAGAUGCAGAAGACAAUGCCGAUGCAUGGGAAGCGAAAGCUGAUUUAUGGAAACCCUUAAAUUGCCUGGUGGAAGCUGCAAGCAGGACAAAGUCAAGUAAGUCUAGCUCACAAGGGUCUCUUGGUAAAUCAGGACCAUCCCAUGUCCAUGAUAAUGAAGCACAUGUGCCUAAGCCCAAAGUUAAAGAGCGUAACCGUAAAAUAAAAGUCCAGGAUGAUGAAAAUGGCUCAACCCCUGCUUUGUCAGGGUCAGUUAAAUCUAAAAAGUCACAGGGUGUUCGACAAAAGAAAGCUGCUGCCUCUGAGGGAUUAAAUAUACCUGCACAAGCCAUAGUUGAUGCUGGCAGCAGUAAAUGCCAGAGAAGAGUUGGUCCAAUAUGGUUCUCAUUAGUUGCUUCUGAUGAUCAGAAAGGAGUUGCACCUUUACCGCAGAUCUCGUCACCAUUUAUAAGGAUUAUGGAUGGUAAUAUGCCCGUUUCAUAUAUCAAGAAGUACCUUGUGAAGAAACUAGAUCUUAAAAGUGAAGCUGAGGUGGAGAUCACACUGCAGGGUCGGCCACUGCGUUCGGAAUUGCUAUUACACAACUUGGUAGAUUUGUGGUGUCAAAAAAUGCCCAAAUCAGAAAGGAUACACACAACCGUGGGUAGCUCAGCCAAGGAUUUUGUGAUGGUGCUGUCGUAUGCUCGAAAAGCUCAUCGCCUCCAUAAUUAAAUGUGUUUAUGCUCUCUCUCUCUCUGGGUGUUUAGAGUUUUCCUUCAUCCCAGCCCAGGCCACAUGCAGAUACAUGUUUGUGCAUAAAAGCCAUGUGGUGUGGCAUGUUCUUUUACCUUGUUUCCCUUUUUCCAUUCAAUGUUUCCUGUAGCAAAUGAAAGAUGGAGACCAGUUACAGCUUCAUAUUCAAGCAUUAUAAUUUCAUUGAAGAAAUAAAACACAUUUUUUUUUCUUCA